GGAGAAAGAAAAAUUGGUUUCGAUUCGAGAUUUGAUUUGACCUACGAGACGACUAUAAGACUAUAAGAGGUCGAUGAAAAGUUGUUUUUUAUUUUGUAAAAAACUUUUUCUAACAUUUGCUAAAGAGGAAUUAAUAUUAGUUUAAUAAACACGACGUGAACUAGACGAGGAGAGAAUUGUGGUUAAACGUUUACUUGGUGUUAGUGAAAGCAAAAAUGCUCAGAACUGUUGCAAAUCGCAAUGAGUGGAUUUUCCGUAGAUCAUUGAAUAAAUUUUCGCGGUCUGCUUUACGAGUGUUGACCACGAGAACCUUACGGAAUCGAAGCACAUCAAGUUCGCAGAAACAUGUGUUGACGACGAUUUUCUCAUGUCAACCUAUGGGUGUGUGUGGUACGAAUUUUGUUCGUGCUUAUUCCAGCUAUCCGGAUCACAUUAAGGUACCUUUGCCUGCCUUGUCACCCACCAUGGAAACUGGUAGUAUUGUUAGUUGGGAAAAGAAGGAGGGCGACAAAGUUAAUGAGGGCGACCUCUUGGCUGAAAUCGAAACUGAUAAGGCCACUAUGGGCUUUGAGACACCUGAGGAAGGUUACUUAGCUAAAAUUAUAGUUCCAGCUGGCACUAAAGAUGUGCCUAUAGGUAAAUUGGUAUGUAUCUUAGUCCAGGAUCAAGGAAACGUGGCAGCGUUCAAAAACUUUGUUGAUGACAGUCCACCUAUAGCUAGAGCAGCUAAACCAGCUGCAAUGCCACCUGCUUCUGCCAUGCCACUCGCUCCCGUUGUCGAGCCAUCAGUUCCUCCAACUGUGGUUGAACCUUCUGCCCCACCAUCGCCAAAAACGGCAGCGCGGUCUGCUAAGCCUAUAACUGCCGUUGAACAGCGCGGCCCACGUGUAUACGCAAGUCCAAUGGCUAAGAAGCUGGCCGAAGCUCAACAGUUGCGGUUAGAAGGAGCUGGUAGCGGCAUCUAUGGAUCUAUUAAGUCUAGUGAUCUUGCAGAUAAGAAACCUGCGGAGGCGAAGCCCUCUAAAGAUAAAGAGCAAGUGGCACCGCAAGGAGGUUACAUUGAUAUACCAAUUUCAAAUGUUCGGGGUGUCAUAGCUAAACGGCUCCUGGAAUCCAAAACGACUAUACCUCAUUACUAUGUAACGAUGGAAUGUCAGAUGGAUGCUCUUCUGAAACUCCGUGCGAAAAUAAAUAAGAAAUACGAAAAGGAGAAGGUCAAGGUUUCUGUAAACGACUUUAUAAUUAAAGCAACUGCCAUAGCAUGUCGCAAAGUGCCUGAAGCGAAUUCUUAUUGGAUGGGAUCUGUUAUAAGACAGUUCGAUAAUGUCGACGUUUCUAUAGCUGUUUCCACUGAUUUCGGAUUAAUAACACCCAUAGUGUUUGCGGCGGACCGUAAAGGCGUUGUAGAGAUAUCAAAGGAAGUGAAAGAAUUGGCAGACAAAGCCAGAAAAAAUAAGUUGAAACCACACGAGUUUCAGGGCGGUACAGUUUGUGUGUCUAAUAUGGGCAUGUAUGGUGUUACACAAUUUGCUGCAGUUAUUAAUCCACCGCAAUCCUGUAUAUUAGCAGUAGGUGCUACUAACAAGAAAUUGGUGGUUAAUGCAGACAGUGAAAAAGGCUUCAAAGAAGUCAGUACAAUAUAUGUGACUUUAUCUGCUGAUCAUCGCAUUGUCGACGGUGCUAUAGCAGCAAAAUGGUUACAAUAUUUCCGAGACUUUAUGGAAGAUCCUUCCACAAUGAUAGUAUAGAUGUAACAGGAACAAUGCCGUGUGAAAUAGUCUAUAGCGUACAUUGGAUUAUAUAAAAAAUAAAAUAGCAAAACCCAUUAGCCAAUUAAAAAAACACUCCCAAAUAAUAAUCAAAUCUUUGUAUAGGACAUUAGAAGACGGAAAAGUAACAAUUAUUUCCUACAAGUAAAAUUUAAUCGAAAUCAAAAUUUUUUUUUUUUUAAAUUUAUUUUUAUUUUUAUUAUUGUUAUCUUUAUUAUAUUGUUUUCAUUUGAGUUAACACAUGUAUAUGCGAAAUGUAUUAAUGGAGACAUAUGAAAUACCGUUAAAGAGGGCGAAAUGGUCACAGGAAAAGGAAAUUAAAGAAAUGAAAAGUGUCCCUCUCUAGUACUUACUUUAUACGAUUAUCGGUUGUCUUUGCGGGAUAUUUGAAUAAAAGCUGAAUUAUUAUCUCGCUUAACAGAUGAA